CUUUUACUCGCUCCACUCCACUCAGCUCUGCUGAACACACUUUAUCACCUGCUUUACCUCACUCUUAUCUCAGUCUUCGAAUUUAGUUUCAGAUUUUCAGAGUCAAAAAGUGCCAUAAUUUGCUUCCAUCUAUUCGCUUUCCCCCCUUAUUUAAUCAACUUUGUUGGAAGCUUACAUGUGAAGCAAAUGCGCUGAAUGAUCCCACUGUGAUUGAAUUCACUCUUAACUGAAAUUAUUCAAAUGGCAAAAGUUUCAUCAUCUUCGUGAGGUGGAUCGAAGGGUGAAAGGGGCGAUGGAGGAUAUUGGGCUGUUUAAGCAAGGUUGGAAAUGUUUACAAUCUCAAAAACAUCUUUACUUCAUGGCAAAAACAGCUGUUGGUUGUUGUAGUGAUAAAAUGGGGUUGAUAAUGGAGAAGCAUGGGCCUGUGGUUUGUAGCGCGUUUGUUAAUAUCUGGAAGUUUUCAAGGUUGCUUUUGGUUUAUUGGAAAGAUAGUGUGGUCAGAGGGUUUCAGUCAUGUAGCAGAUUGGGUUCAGCUUCCUUGCUUGUUAUAAUGUGGAGUUGUUUCCUCAGCUUGACUUCCAUGUCUUGUUUGCUCUAUGUAAUUCUGAGUAUGGGAGUUGCUGGAGGUGCAAUUCAGCAAUUAGGUUACACUCCCGGACUCUUUAUUGCAGGGUUGUUUGGCACUUUGAUACUAUGGAUGUAUGCUAACUCUUGGAUAACGGGUACAUUGUUUAUAGUUGGAGGUUAUAUGUUCUCCUUAUGUUAUGCGCGGUUGAUAGUCUUGAUAGCAACUCCAUAUUCUAUUUAUUUUGUCAAAGUCCGAGUUGGCUGGCUCGGUGUUUUUCUAUCAAUAAACCUUGCAUUUUUAUCAAAUGAUGUAUUGAAUUAUUUGCUCCAACAUUUUGAUAAUGUGAGUGAGAACAUGCAAUAUGAAGAGCCAAAGGAAUCCAAGCCAGUUAUGGAAGAUGAUUUGUCUGGAAAAUGUGAAUACUCUAUUCCUACCAAUGAAUCUGAGAAGGUGCAGCCAUGCAAGUCAUCCGGAAAAGCUGCUACUACAUCUGUUAUUAACGAAAAAGAGUUUUCGGUUAAUAAGUUUGUCAAGGAAGAAACAAGUUCAGCUGAUGAAAUGACAAGAAUAUUGAAUUGCACAGAUCAUUAUCAAGCCCUGGGGAUCGCUCGUCAUACAAAAAUUGACAUUACAGUCUUGAAAAAGGAAUAUAGAAAGAAGGCAAUGCUUGUACAUCCCGAUAAAAAUAUGGGGAGUCCUUUAGCAAGUGAAUCCUUUAAGAAACUUCAAUGUGCUUAUGAGGUUCUUUCUGAUUCCAUGAAGAAGAGGGACUAUGAUGAGCAGUUAAGAAAGGAGGAAUCCAGGACUAGGAGUGUCUGUCAAAAGGCUCAUAGCUCCUCAUGGCAGCAGCCUAAUCCAGAUCAUUGCUCUGAAGAAUCGAGGCGUAUACAGUGCACUAAGUGUGGUAAUUCACAUAUAUGGGUGUGCACAAGUAGGAACAAGGCAAAGGCAAGAUGGUGUCAGGAUUGUUGUCAGUAUCAUCAAGCCAAGGAUGGAGAUGGGUGGGUUGAGUACAAAGGUUCCUUGGUGUUUGACAGGCCACAAAAGGUGGAAAUACCACGCGCUUUUGUUUGUGCUGAGAGCAAGAUCUUUGAUGUUUCAGAAUGGGCUAUUUGUCAGGGAAUGGCAUGUAGACCAAACACCCAUCGACCUAGCUUCCAUGUAAACAUGGUUGGAUUGGACAAGACGCAAAGAUCCAACUCGGGCAAAUUUCCUUGGGAUUUGGAUGCUGAAAUGAUCGAUGAAGAUGAAGAAUUUGAGUUAUGGCUUCAGCAGGCCUUGGCCUCUGGCCUCUUUUGCGAAACCUCUAAGCGCAGAAAGAGCUGGAGUCCGUUUAAAAUGCCUCAGAAAAAAAGUAAAAAGCAAUGGCGAAGAUCUUCAACCUGAAUACUUGAUUCAAGGCAUUUUUCAAAGAAUCUCUCUUUCCAACGGAAGAGACAAGAAG